GAAAGGAAAGAAGAAGCCAAAAUCUGGAGGUGAAGGACCAAGUGAAGGAAGUGAGACAACGAUUGCGACAAAGAAAGAAGUGGAGAGCAAGAGGAUCGUCAUUAAGCCGAACCAGUACGAGGAGAUUGAGGGUAUCGCUGGCUACGAGACCAGCUUGAGUUUCUCCUUGAACCCAGAUGACGGCAUCACAUUCCGCUUAGCCGAGAAGAGGGGUGGCAAGGGGAAAACGCUGCUGUUUGUCAUACAGAAGGAAUGGAGCUACAUGCAGUUUGAUGGAGGUGACCUGGGCGGCAAAACUGCAACCCGGAGUGGCAUCCUGAACAGCGGCAAAAAGUCGUUCUGGAUCAAACUGCCUGGCUCUGAAAGCAGCGAGUUCUGGUUCGAACUCGGCUUCAAGGGUCAAAGCAGCGCGUACCUGAGACAGAAGAUAUCUGACAGUAGUUUCCGGCCGAGAUACGUCGAUGUGUCCGUCACCGUGACAAAGGUCGAGGAACAAGUGGUGGAGAUAGAAUAUCCAAAUUGGAUCGACAUCGGGACCGCGACGGAUCAGCAAUACCGGUUUCAGGUGGAUUCGGCGGAGGUUGCUCUGAUAGCUGUACAGGCUGGCAAUAUCAAGGAGUAUGGACAGAUCGUUGCAGAGUUCGGCAAUCAAAAGAACCGUGGCUGUAGGAUCCAGACAUGCACGGACAAGAAAGCCACCGAAUGCAGGACCGUCAUGGAACCGGCCGACAAGUCCGUCUGCAACAGCCUUGGCAACAAACGCACUAUUUGGGCGCAGCUCGUAAAUGGUGAAUUCCGCAUGGGCCUGGUGGGCGACAACAAGCCAAUUGCCAGCUACAGCGGGGCGAGCUGGUUGGGCGACGCGGGCGUGUCUAAGAAAUUGGCCAUCGGUACGCGAGGAGACGGCAAAUGGCAGAUGGCCGGUUAAGCAGAGAAGUUGAAAGUGAGAAGAGCAGAUUUCAGUGGCUACAAGGAUUUUGCGUUCGCGGGAUCUUCGACGAACCAAUGGCAACGACAAACGGAACAACAUUGGACAAGUAAUUGUUUCACCUUUUCUUUGAGUGUUUAUCAUGUAUUCAAAACUGAAAAAAAAUCAGUAGCCAGUAGUUAAAAUAAAAUUAAGAAGAUAGCAUCAACAGUUUUAAGAUAUAGGAGAGCCUUUGGUUAGUGGGCACCGUUAUUGAGUAUUUAUAAAGUGUUUUAAGAAAGGGGAAAAUUACUAUAAUUACAAUUGUAAGGUUAUUUGACAUAGCUAUACCAGUAAUUCAUAACAAUAGCAUUAAAUACAAUUCUAUGGAUUUUUGCAGCAGUAUAUUUCUUUUUGUUCAUUGUAAAUUAACUUCAAAGACCCGACAAAAAAUUAAGUCGAAAAAGUACUUUUAUCGAAAGGAAUUGUUCAUUCCCGUAAAGAAAACGUACACUGUAUUUGGUUUCAAUUGUCAUUUGAUUUUAUUUUCCAUUUUAUUGCCAUCUCCUAGUAUUUUUAUCCGCGAGAGUUUCAAUAUGACCUAUUGAAAAUAAAAAAUAAAAACAGUUGUUGAACAAAAAUGUUAUAACAUUGUUCACACGUGCGUAAAGACCGAACUCUGACUAUUCCACUGCUAAGGAGCGUCAUGUUUAAUAGUAAAUUUGUGUAAAAAGAAUUAGCCGAUCCAAUGAAUUAACUUUUUAUCCAACCAUCACUGAUUUUUAGGCCAGCAAGUUUAUCUUAAUUUCACGAUAAACCUUGGGAAAAAACACUUUGUUCAUUAAUCAGAAUUACCAUUUUAAUGUUAGUAGACAUCCAGUGUUGAUGUAGUAGAUUACAUUCUAGUAAAUUGUACGAUCUAAUACAGGCCUGAAUCUUGUCUGGACCUUGUAGGUUCCGUUAUUAAGUUGUCGGUCCCCUCUUUUGAUCAACGAAAUGAGUCGAAGGAUCAUUCCCUCAUUUUAUGUUUAACACCAAAAAAAGAUUGUGAACAUGAUAAUAUUAUCGAAUAAUGAAGUUAACGUAAUCAACGACAGGGAUCAGAAAAAAAUAGUUUCGAGAGCCAAUUGACAAACUAUAUUUUCUUUAAAAUGUAAUGUUACAACUACUAUUAUUAAUGCGCCCCUAACUCACAGGCGAUUUCCAAACCUUUUGGGAAAUUUCAGGAGUUUUAUUUUCUUUUAACCCGUACAGUAAAAAAAAUACCCCUUUUUGACCCAGACGAAACUUGAAAUGAUUGUGUAUUAUCAUCGAAAUCUAUCAACAGAUAGAUGUUGGUGUUGAUAGCUAUCAACACCAAAAUCACAUUUGAUUCCUGGACACGGAAGAAUUGGGUAGCUCUAUGUUCAUUUUUAACCCAAACCAAAUAAAAAAAAAUUAAACACAUGACCACAAGCACUUCCCCAUAUCAGACAUUUUAUUUAAAGAGCUUAUGUAGCAUGGCUUCAAAGUUUUAAACGAGGAAAAGUCCAGCAAGCGUUUCGAAUCUCAAGUUAUUUGGUUUGUAACCCCUUUCUGUGAUGAAAUUACAAGAAAUGAGAAUUCGCCACGGCAUAAUGUGGGGAAGCAGAUUUAUUCCAACGUCAAGAAAUUAGCUGUCUCACCUUUCAAAGAGUUUUCACAAAGCCCAGAGCACUUAAUUAUAUUCUGCCAGUAAUCUUUUCAGUUCCCACGUCAAACAAUUAACCAACUUACAACAUUGUCCAGACAAGUUCAGACCUAACCAAUUACUCACUUUGUUAAUCAUGUCGGUGUUGGGUUUAUGUUUACGUCGAAAUUAUAAUAAUAUUAUUAUUUGAUUUCUUGGUAGUGGGAUUGUGCAUUAAAUAACGCAAGCAAUGAGUUCUCUCCGUGUCUCCAUGCAUCAUUACAGGACUCGUGUAAUUUUAAUUGUAAAGUAAAAAGUAGGAUUUGAGAAUUCUCAGCUGUUGUCAGCAAAUUUUAUUUUAUGAAUGGGUGUUCACAGGAUAUUGAUCUGUACAAGAUCUGACCUUGUUUGAAAUGGUUUAUUGAUUGGAAUAAAAUCACCAGUCGAACA